UCUCCCUCCAAGCUCUCGCAUUUUAUCGCAUACACACUUCACCACAAUAAAAUCCACUCAUCCGUCACUUUCGUUGCUCUCGUCCUUCUCCAGCGAUUGACUCUGAAGGCAUGCCUUCCCACCGCUCGGGGAUCUUGGGGUCACCGAUUUUUCGUAUCCGCCCAGCCCAACUUCAGUCAACUCGUUUUAAGGCCACAAUAUGACACUCUGACCUGUUUAAUUUUACACCUACGAGCAGUUUUUGUUGUUGCGCGCGGCCGUGGACACCCGAAGUUCCACAGUCGAUGGGGCCAAAUACUUAUUGUCCCACCAGCACAUGCACCAACUAUAUAG